CUUCCAAACAAUCUCAUUAUCUCCGCCCUUUUUCCCCUCAAACCACACCCACUUCUCCAAAACUUUUAGUUUUUCUUAAGAGAAUUUUGAUCAUUCAAUAUGUGGAUCCAAACUCAGAUCUUGAACUUGCUCUUGAUUCUUUCAAUCAAUGUGGUAACAAUCCAUGGCUUGAUCUCUUCCAACAAGCUUGACGGGUCUACUGGAGGCGAUUCGACCGUCAAGUGUACGCCGUGCACCCGUUAUAAUCCACCGCCACCUCCACCACCCCCACCGAAGAAACCACCGUCGUCGUAUUGCCCUCCGCCGCCGCCGCCUCCGUCCUCCUUCAUUUACAUGCUCGGUCCGCCGGGGAACUUGUAUCCCAUCGGUCAGGACUUCGCCGGUGGCCGGAGGAGGGUGGCCGUGGAGCUGCCGGUGGUUGCUCUCCUUGGACUGAUGGGUUUUAUUGCUGUCUGGUGAUUUUAAUGGAGUCCGAAUGCUCAAAUUCUGUGGGAAGUUGAAUAAGUUGAUCAACUUUUGUAAACGUCAUUUUCUCUUUCUGGUCGGGGAUUCAAAGUGACAGAGACAAGUAUCAAUUACGAUUGAGCUAAGUUCAUAUUAA